CUUGAUGGUCUUACAAGGGGAUCAAGGACUACGUCGAGGAGGCAAAGUAGGCAUCGAGGAGCAAUAGACAUCUAUUUUCUUGUGAUUAAAACAAAACGAAACGCAAUCAUGUCCUCGUAUCGCCCCGUAUAUAUUCCAAAACGACGCAAGCUGGCAGCUCACAACAACGAGGGCAAGCACGCCAAUGCCACGGAACGAAACAAAAUUCCAUUUCAAAAACGACACACCAAAAACCAGCAGUCCCGGUUUCACGGUGCUUUUACUGGGGGGUUUUCAGCCGGCCACUUCAACACCGUGGGGACCAAAGAAGGGUGGGCGCCUUCGCAGGUCAAAAAGAGGGACCAGAAGCUGGAAGAUUUUAUGGACGAAGAAGAUCAUAGCGAAUGGGGAGGACCGACGCGGCUCCGGGAAGAGUUUGGAUCGAAGGCUKGGGCUCCUGCUGCUGCUGAGUUCGGGCAAUCUAGAAUAGCGGGCAUGAAUGCCCCGGGUGAGGCUGACCUUACAAACUUGGGAACUUCUAUGGGGAGCAAGUACCAAAUGCCUUUACUUCUUCCCCUAAAAUCCAUAUUGGAGGUUUCUCACGAAACCAUCGGUCCAAGACUGUUGCGGCGUCUAGGCUGGAGGGAAGGAAGAUCCGCGAUUAUACCAGAAAACGAAACAACAAUAGUGAAGUCCGAGGGAAAGGAGGACAAGGAUAAUGAGAACGAGAACGAUCUGGAAAAGGCUAGCCUGUCGAAACGAAGACUUCGCAAGCUUCAGCUGCAAUCGAGCCGAAUCGUGAAACUGCCGUCCCCAAAGCUCGACCAAUGCGGUCUCGGAUUCGAACCCUACAAGGACGCACCGGAAUUCGAGCGUUAUAGAGAACAACGAAGGAAACGAGCCCAAGAUAGGGCUUCCUACAACCGGAACGCGAAGGACAGAAACGUCUAUCGCUUGUCGGACAUUGCAGCGGACCCGUUUGGUGGCGGCGACUCUGCAUUGUCGUACGAACGGAACACUCGUAAAGCGAGUGGCAGCAGCGACUACCUGGGUUUUGAAACGACAGAAGACUUUGUUGGGAGGCGCUCGGCGGCCGGUUUCGCCCUACGGGACGACGAGGACGAUGCCUACGACGAUGAAGGGUUCCGAAAAGGUCUGAUCAAGAAAGGAGGUCUGCUCGAGGCCGGAGACGAAUACAACACGGAGGCAUACGAGCACGAAUACAGCAGCGACGACGAAUGCGAUGUGGGCUCGUCUCUGCCAAAGAUCCAAGGUCCUUUUUCUGUGAAAAUGGGGAACGCACAUUCGCCAUCAAAUGGCAAGAGUCGCAACCCAGUGGACGCGGGGAACGUGUUUGCAGCUUGGGCGGGAACGAACCCAUCGACCGAGGGGAAAUUAGCAACGCCACCGCCGUCGUCGAAUCAUAAGGGAGCCAUUACGCGGGCGAGAGUAACAUCGGAUAAACGAGCGCCGAUCACUGGAUUCGUCGUGGGAGGCUCUAUGGAUACUAGCAAAAAGCGAUACCCCGGUCCCGAUAUACUUCGCAACUAUACAGUUCAGAAGCACGUAUUCGGAGAGCACGAAAAUCCGCUUUUCCUUGAAGCAAUUUCGAACGCCGUGAAACUCGAACAAAAGGACGAGCGAACCGCUCGGAUUGAGCAGCAGGAAACGCAACAUCAAACGCCUCAAGGAAUCACUGAACCCUCCAAUCGUCCCCUAACCGAGAACUUUUCGUCGUUGGCAGAUGCAAUGAGAAAUAGAUUUACAUCUGGCGAAUCCUCGUUCAUAGACAAGGGAGACUCUUCCCAUGAGAAACAGAAGGCAUUUCCAGGGGGGUUGCACAUGCCGAGUCCUGUUCAACACAACAAUGAUGCUCCUGAGGGCACAGAUCCUUCGAAUCACGGGAACCACAAUCAAAAGAUUGCCAUCCAACGGACCGUGCAAUCCUUCUUUCCAAAUCCAUUGGUGUGCAAACGAUUUCGUGUGCCAAUCCCAUCGAAGGCGAGAAAGAACAAUGCUUGGGAUGCUAUAGACAGCAGCAAGACCAAGGAAUCGCUCUAUUUCGAAAAGGAAAUCUUGCAAAAGGCGAUACAGCAAACACGAAUCCAGCCCGGCAAUACUGUGCCAGGGACACAUGGCAAUCGUUCCGCCAAUACUUCGGAAUCACGGACGAGCCAAAGUAGCCAAAAAGAAGGGCAAGGAACUCGAUCGGAGAUCGAGCGGCCUUCCAUUGAAAAACUUAAAUCGGUGUUUGAGGCGUCUUCCGACGAAUCUUCUUUGAGCGAGGACGGCAACGAGGGGAGUGACACGGAAGAAAGAGAGCCCCAUGCGGAUCCUACGAUCAAGGCGACGACGCGCGACCCAAGCAGAUCUAUCGAAGCCAAACUACCAUUGAGAGAGGGCGGGAAAGAUUCACCUAACGACACUAUCGAAACGAAUGCGGAAUCGAUUAGGGCGAUAGUAGAAUAUCAAUUUUCAUCACCUUUGCGAGGAGAAGAGGACGUCAGCAUUCCUUCUGGCAGCAACAGUGACGGGUAUGGCGACGAUGGAUCUUCGAGGGGUCGGAAGAGGAAGAAAGAAAAACGCCCCCGAAAUCAUGAUCGUCGUCGCAAACGACACAAACGAAAGAGGUCCCGAUCUACUGAUCGAGACAGGGACUCUCGCUACUACUCGGAUAAUACGGAAGAAGAGGAUGGAAGAGCGAGAGACCGACGUCGUCGAAAGGACAAAAAACGAAAGAAAGAGAAGUCGUCGUCGUCGAAGUAUCGAUGAAGAAAAGGAGACAAAACCUAUGAAUAACAAGACAGUGAUUGG